AUCCUGCUUCUGUUUUAUUGUUUAAACAGAUAAUAUAUCCAACGCUGAGGGCUGGCAAGUAAACGUGUCCUUGAAUAUUCGUCCAUCUGCGGGCACUGGUGUUAUGUUCGCCUUGGUUUCUGGUUACACCGUGCCCUUUGCCUUGUCUUUGGUAGACUCCGCCUCUGAAAAGCUUCAGGAUAUCCUGGUAUCUAUCGAAAAUAUGGUAGUAUCUCGGGUAGAGGCCAUAAGUCUGUGUUCCAAUGAACAAUUCCAUCUGGAAGUAAGGGUCAACAGAACCAGUCUGGAACUGUUGACUCCACUUAAAAAAGAUAUCAUCUACUCCGAAGACCUUCAAAGUCAACUUGCCAUUUUGGACAUAGCAAUGAAAGAAAGAGUGUCCACUUACCUGGGUGGCCUUCCAGGUAUCUUCUUACUUUUUUUUUUUUUCAAAGUUAUCUUUAAAACAUCUUUCAAAGUAUGUUUUUAAUCAAAUUGAUACUAU